UCGGCCGCCGGCGCAGCGAGCGGAGACGGGCCGGGCCGAGGCGACCUGACCCGGACGAGCGGCGCGCGCGGGGCCCAGGCGGGGGGCGGGAGGAAGCGCCGGGCAGUGCCGGCCGCCGGGGCCCAGGAGAAGCGGAGCAGAGAGGAGCGGGGACACGGGCGGGGCCGCCGUAGCUCCGGAUGGGACCAGCGCCCGGGCCCGUUAGUCCAAGCAGGAGCUUCGGGAGAAGCCUUCACAGGGAGAUUUACCCCUGCCUUCCCCUGCCCUCCGGCCCAGGCCUCGCUUUGCUCCCCGCCUGCCCAUGAUCCCAGUCCUUCCGCGGCGCGGGCACCCUCCCACCUUACCCCCUUGGUCCUAUGUGUCGCAGCGCCCUCCUGCCCUCCCGGCCCUUUCAGCUGUGAGGUUCCCCCAGGCCGUUUCUUUGUAUCACUCGCCCCCCCACCCCCACCCCAUCCCAGUCCCAGAUCCCCUUUUCCUUCUCAGCUUUGGAUUCAUCAGGCUUCUUCACCUCGCACUGUCCCCAUCCCGGCCGCAGGCCCCCUCGGUCCCUCCCUCCCCCUACCACCCCCCUCUCAGUCCUCAGUCCUUGCCCUAGGCUGGUAGCCCACUCCUUGCCCGCCCCCCGCCUUCCUCUCAUCUCCCCCUCCUCUCCCUGGCCCCCAGCACCUUCUGCAUCCCAGCCUACCUAGCUUACUCUUCCUUCUCUUCCUGGCCCUCUUCACCAGGCUCCAGGCUGGGGGGUGCUCGCGUCUCCCCUGUAGGCCAGAGCAGCCCCAGGUUCUGGGGGCAGUGGGGCUGCUGCUUUAUCCCCAUGGCGCUGCCAUCACUCCUGCUGUUGGUGGCAGCCCUGGCAGGUGGGGUGCGUCCUCCCGGGGCGCGGAACCUGACGCUGGCGGUGGUGCUGCCAGAACACAACCUGAGCUAUGCCUGGGCCUGGCCACGGGUGGGACCCGCUGUGGCACUAGCUGUGGAGGCACUGGGCCGUGCACUGCCCGUGGACCUGCGGUUUGUCAGCUCCGAACUGGAAGGCGCCUGCUCUGAGUACCUGGCACCGCUGAGCGCUGUAGACCUCAAGCUGUACCAUGACCCCGACCUGCUGUUAGGUCCCGGUUGCGUGUACCCUGCUGCCUCUGUGGCCCGCUUUGCCUCCCACUGGCGCCUUCCCCUGCUGACUGCGGGUGCUGUGGCCUCUGGUUUUUCGGCUAAGAAUGACCAUUAUCGUACCCUGGUUCGCACUGGCCCCUCUGCUCCCAAGCUGGGUGAGUUUGUGGUGACACUACACGGGCACUUCAAUUGGACUGCCCGUGCUGCCUUGCUGUACCUGGAUGCUCGCACAGAUGACCGGCCUCACUACUUCACCAUCGAGGGCGUCUUUGAGGCCCUGCAGGGCAGCAACCUCAGUGUGCAGCACCAGGUGUAUGCCCGAGAGCCAGGGGGCCCCGAGCAGGCCACCCACUUCAUCCGGGCCAACGGGCGCAUUGUGUAUAUCUGCGGCCCUCUGGAGAUGCUGCAUGAGAUCCUGCUUCAGGCCCAGAGGGAGAAUCUGACCAAUGGGGAUUAUGUCUUCUUUUACCUGGAUGUCUUUGGGGAGAGUCUCCGUGCAGGCCCCACACGUGCUACAGGCCGGCCCUGGCAGGACAAUCGCACCCGGGAACAGGCCCAGGCCCUCAGAGAGGCCUUUCAGACUGUAUUGGUGAUCACGUACCGAGAACCCCCAAAUCCUGAGUAUCAGGAAUUCCAGAAUCGUCUGCUGAUAAGAGCCCGGGAAGACUUUGGUGUGGAGCUGGGCCCUUCCCUGAUGAACCUCAUCGCUGGCUGCUUCUAUGAUGGGAUCCUGCUAUAUGCUGAAGUCCUGAAUGAGACAAUACAGGAAGGAGGCACCCGGGAGGAUGGACUUCGAAUUGUGGAGAAGAUGCAGGGACGAAGAUACCACGGUGUAACUGGACUGGUUGUCAUGGACAAGAACAAUGACCGGGAGACUGACUUUGUCCUGUGGGCCAUGGGAGACCUGGAUUCUGGGGACUUUCAGGUGAUGGGGGAGGAGGCAGGGAAGAGAGUGUGGCCCUGCAAAAUCCAGCUUUCAAGGGUUCAGUGGGGACAGAGCCAAAACUACUGGAGGAGGGACUUGUUUUCUCUGCUGGCACUGCAUCCUGGCUGGGUGGUAGGUUGGGGAGAAAAGCAGCAAAACAGCUGGGGUCUGGGGAGGAGGCUGGUGGGAGCAGGCCUGUGGGCCCAGCUUUUUGCUUCCUUACAGCCUGCAGCCCACUACUCGGGAGCUGAGAAGCAGAUUUGGUGGACAGGACGGCCUAUUCCCUGGGUGAAGGGGGCUCCUCCCUCGGACAAUCCCCCCUGUGCCUUUGACUUGGACGACCCAUCCUGUGAUAAAACUCCACUUUCAACUCUGGCAAUUGUGGCUCUGGGCACAGGAAUCACCUUCAUCAUGUUUGGUGUUUCCAGCUUCCUAAUUUUCCGAAAGCUGAUGCUGGAGAAGGAGCUGGCUAGCAUGUUGUGGCGCAUUCGCUGGGAAGAACUGCAGUUUGGCAACUCAGAGCGUUAUCACAAAGGUGCAGGCAGUCGCCUCACACUGUCGCUGCGGGGAUCCAGUUACGGCUCGCUCAUGACAGCCCAUGGGAAAUACCAGAUCUUUGCCAACACCGGUCACUUCAAGGGAAAUGUUGUCGCCAUCAAACAUGUGAAUAAGAAGCGCAUUGAGCUGACCCGGCAGGUUCUGUUUGAACUCAAACAUAUGAGAGAUGUUCAGUUCAACCAUCUCACUCGCUUCAUUGGCGCCUGCAUAGACCCUCCCAACAUUUGCAUUGUCACUGAAUAUUGUCCUCGUGGGAGUUUACAGGAUAUUCUAGAAAAUGACAGCAUCAACUUGGACUGGAUGUUUCGUUAUUCACUCAUUAAUGACCUUGUUAAGGGCAUGGCCUUUCUCCACAACAGCAUUAUUUCAUCGCAUGGGAGUCUCAAGUCCUCCAACUGUGUGGUGGAUAGUCGUUUUGUGCUCAAAAUCACAGACUAUGGCCUGGCCAGCUUCCGAUCAACUGCUGAACCUGAUGACAGCCAUGCCCUCUAUGCCAAGAAGUUGUGGACUGCCCCAGAACUGCUCAGUGGGAACCCCUUGCCAACCACAGGCAUGCAGAAGGCUGACGUCUAUAGCUUUGGGAUCAUCCUGCAGGAGAUAGCACUUCGCAGUGGUCCUUUCUACUUGGACGGCCUGGACCUCAGCCCCAAAGAGAUUGUCCAGAAGGUACGAAAUGGUCAGCGCCCAUAUUUCCGGCCAAGCAUUGACCGGGCCCAACUGAAUGAAGAGCUAGUUUUGCUGAUGGAGCGAUGUUGGGCUCAGGACCCAGCUGAGCGGCCAGACUUUGGACAGAUUAAGGGCUUCAUUCGACGCUUUAACAAGGAGGGUGGCACCAGCAUAUUGGACAACCUCCUGCUACGCAUGGAACAGUAUGCCAAUAACCUGGAGAAGCUGGUGGAGGAACGCACACAGGCCUAUCUGGAGGAAAAACGCAAGGCUGAAGCUCUGCUCUACCAAAUUCUACCCCAUUCAGUGGCAGAGCAAUUGAAACGGGGAGAGACUGUACAGGCUGAGGCCUUUGACAGUGUUACCAUCUACUUCAGUGACAUUGUUGGCUUCACAGCAUUGUCAGCAGAGAGCACCCCCAUGCAGGUAGUGACACUUCUUAAUGACCUGUAUACCUGCUUUGAUGCCAUAAUUGACAACUUUGAUGUCUACAAGGUGGAGACGAUUGGGGAUGCUUACAUGGUGGUAUCUGGCCUCCCAGGCCGAAAUGGUCAACGCCAUGCACCAGAAAUUGCUCGUAUGGCCCUAGCAUUACUAGAUGCAGUUUCUUCCUUCCGCAUCCGCCACCGACCCCAUGACCAGCUGAGGCUACGCAUAGGGGUCCAUACUGGGCCAGUCUGCGCUGGGGUUGUUGGCCUGAAGAUGCCCCGUUAUUGUCUUUUUGGAGACACAGUGAACACUGCUUCUCGAAUGGAGUCUAAUGGUCAAGCGCUGAAGAUCCAUGUCUCCUCUACCACCAAGGAUGCCCUAGAUGAGCUAGGAUGCUUCCAGCUAGAGCUUCGGGGGGAUGUGGAAAUGAAGGGGAAAGGAAAGAUGCGAACAUACUGGCUCUUAGGAGAGCGGAAAGGACCUCCUGGACUCCUGUAAACCCCCAUUCUUCCCAAGUCAGACAGUCUUCUGCUGCUGGUACCUGGGUGGGCAAUGGCCACCAUGUCUGCACACACCAGAAAUGGACAUUUUCAUAUGCAAUGGAAAACAGCCACAAAAAAACCUACCUUAUAUGGAAGUUGUAGCCCUCUGCAGCUCAGCCCUGUACAUAUACCUGUCCCUCUCUGGCUUGGUCCCCUUCCUCCCUACUUUGUGUAAAUAUCUGUAUCUAAACCAGAAUAUUUUGGUCAAAUAUAAAACAAUAAUAAAAAAAGUUCUGAUGUCA